AUGGGGCGUAAUCUUUUGAUGAGUAGUUUGGAAAAUGCAUCCUUCAACAUUAUUUUCCAAAUUCUAUUUCGCUGUAUAACAUUUAUUAUAAAUGCUUGGGUAAUCAGAAAUGUGGGGCAUGAAGUAUUAGGCAUUAUGAAUGUAAGGUUACUUCUGCUAGAAAGUACAAUACUGUUUCUCAGUCGUGAGCCUUUCAACCGUGCAUGUAUGGGACAAAAAGAUGAAUUAAGUUGGACACAUAUAAUAAAUCAGAUUUGGCUUUCCAUGCCUAUAAGCUGUGUUUUGUCUCUUAUCUUUGUUUACAUCUGGUUAAAUUGGCUGCCAUUGAGCAGUCCAGAACACAUUUCCCAGUACACAUUUGGUUGUUGGAGUGUCGCCCUAUCUUGUGUAUUGGAGCUUUGUGGUGCCAAUUUGGUACUAAUUGCUCAGCUUUACUGUUUCAUAAAACUGAAGGUUGCCCUUGACACUUUAUAUAUUUUUAUAAGAUCAGUAAUAUUUGUCACUAUUAUUGUAUACAACAGAUCACUUGCUCUUAUUGCAUUUUCUGUGGCACAAGUUGCAAGCAUUGGCAUCAUAGUAGUCUGCUAUUAUAUUUUCUUUUAUUGGUACAUAAACAAUAAACCACUAUAUGCUAAAGGUGCACUAAAAAGCAAGUUCGUACCAGAUAGAAUUUUGCAACAGUUGUAUAAUAAUAUGGAUGAUUUUCAAUUCACAUCAUUGACAGAUUUCUUCCCUAAAUAUUUGGGAUCUGUUAAUUCUACAUUCAAUAAAAAAUUAAAUACUCUUACUAUAAGUUUUGCAAAGCAAGGUAUUGUGAAGCAGUUGUUGACAGAGGGAGAGAAGUAUGUGAUGUCAGUGAGCCCUGUCAUGUCUUUUUCUGAACAAGCUACAUAUGAUGUAGUGAAUAAUCUGGGAAGCUUGGCUGCCAGGUUUAUUUUUAGACCUAUUGAGGACAGCAGCUAUUUUUAUUUCACACAGAUGGUGAGUAGAGAACUACCUCUCCAUAAGCAAGACCAACAUAAAAUUCAAGAGUCUUGUACAGUACUUUCUCAAAUUUGCAAAGCUGUGGGCUCAAUAGGGUUGUUGGUAUUAGUAUUUGGACAAAGUUAUUCACAGACUUUGCUGACGUUGUACGGGGGCGAGGCAUUUGUUGCAAGUGGGCUGCCAGUGCAGUUGCUCCGGAGUCACUGCCUGGCGAUAGUGUUGCUGGCCAUCAAUGGCAUCACAGAAUGCUACACUUUUGCCACAAUGACAAGUGCAGAACUGAAUAAAUACAAUUACUGGAUGGUUUUCUUUUCUAUAUGCUUUCUAAUAUUAUCUUAUGGUUUGACAUAUAUUUUUGGCCCUGUAGGGUUUAUUGUUUCCAAUUGUAUAAAUAUGUUUGCUAGGAUUAUGCAUAGUAUACAUUUUAUAAACCAUAAAUAUAAAGACACUGGCUACAAGCCACUGGAAGGACUGAAUGUUGGCAAGAUUUUCCUUUUGACUUUGUUUAUUGCUGGGUGUGUUUGUAAAGUUUCAGAAAACAAAUUUUCUAAAAGUUCAGUUAUUUUACAUAUCGCAAUUGGAGCAGUGUGUGUGUUUUGUGUGCUUCUUGCCUGGGGUUAUGAAAACAGGAAACUUGUCAUAAAAACGUAUAAAAAAAUUAUGAAUGUACAAGAUAAAAAAAUAUCUAGUGACUAGCAUACAAUAAAACUUUUGUAAAUUUAAAUAUAAAACUAUUUAUAAGAUUGUCAAUAUAGUUACUGUGAUGGAAAUAAAUAAAUAUAACUGUUAACAUUGUAAAGCAUUUUAUUUAU